GUUUCGUGCGAGCUUUAAGCAAAAGGAAUUCUCUCUCCACAGCCACGCACUUUCUCUCUCUAACAUUUUAGAGAGAGAAAGCCCCGAGAAGAAUCUCCCUGCGAAACCCAAUACGGCAAAAGACGUAGGCAAGAGAAUGGAGAACAUGGGUGGGAAGAAGAGGUUCGCAGUGCUGCUGUGUGCGGAUGAUUCAGAGCAUGUGAAGAAAUUGUACGGAGGGUAUUUUGGGGUGUUCGUGAGAAUGCUGGCUGAGGAAGGAGAAACUUGGGACAUGUACAAGGUGACGUGUGGCCAGUUCCCUGAUGAUGAUGACUUGGGUCUCUAUGAUGGCUUUGUGAUCACUGGCAGUUGCAGUGACGCAUAUGGAAGCGACACAUGGGUUCGUGACCUCCUCAACUUGAUUAAGAAAUUAGACUCUAUGAAGAAGAAAAUCCUUGGCAUUUGCUUCGGCCACCAGAUACUUGGGCGUGCAUUGGGAGGGGAGGUGAGUCGCUCUCCUACUGGUUGGGACAUUGGUGUCAGAAGCAUAACGUUGUCAUCAUCUUUGGCAUUGUCUUUGUCUUCUCUCGAUCUUCCAUCAAGGCUUUCCAUUAUCGAAUGCCACAGGGAUGAGAUAAGAGAGCUACCAGCGAAGGCAGAGGUGAUUGCUUGGUCGGAUAAGACUGGAAUUGAAAUGUUCAGGUAUGGAGAUCACAUUAUGGGAAUCCAAGGCCACCCUGAGUACACCAAAGACAUUCUUUUGCACCUUAUUGACCGUCUUAUUCAAAGAGAUGACAUAAUGGAUGGUAUUGCAAUGGAAGCAAGGGAGAGAGCUGCAUUGUGGGAGCCAGAUAAGGAGGCUUGGAAGAGACUCUGUGUGACCUUUCUGAAGGGUCGAUUUGACAUAAAUAGAAUGGAGACGAAAAGUUUUGUAUGGAAACGAUAAAUUUAGAGCAGAGUGAAGCUAGUUCCACUUAAUGUGGGCCAAGUCACAGCUUUGCACUGUUAAGUAGGCCAGUUAUUAGCUGUGUGGGGUUGGAGGCCAUUAAUUUUCAUGGGUGCUUU